GUUAGAUUUGCGUUUCCUCCCAUAUACAUUUCGCCUUCUUCUCUCUUGGACUUCGAAUCUCAUUAUCGAGAGCGUUGCGUCGUUGAUUCCGAUGGAUCGAACUCAGAUGGUUCUGUUAGGGCUGCCGAUCCUUUUGCUUUUUACUGAUAUUGUGAAUCUUUUUACUCCUCCGCCUCCGAAACCUGCUGCGAAUCAUCCUCCACCUCGGGUUCACUACCAGCCUAAAUCUCAACCAGUCAUCCAGGAACCGCCCGAAUUUCCUACCGAGAAACGGAGCGUGAUCGGAGGAAUUGGCCAGGGCAGCGUUAUUAAUAUCAACUUCUGUGUUUCUUGUUCGUACAGAAGCACUGCAAUAACCAUGAAAAAUAUGCUGGAGUCGUCUUUUCCUGGAGUUGAAGUUAUUUUGGCCAAUUAUCCGCCACCACUCCCAAAGCGCCUUCUUAGUAAAGUAGUUCCCGCUGUUCAAUUUGGAAUUAUUGGAAUAAUAAUGGCGGGGGAACAUAUUUUUCCAAGGCUUGGGAUGGUUCCACCACCUUGGUACUAUUCCUUGCGUGCAAAUAGGUUUGGAAGCAUUGCAAGCACUUGGCUGUUUGGAAAUUUUAUCCAGUCGUUCUUACAAAGUUCCGGAGCCUUUGAAGUAUAUUGCAACGGUGAAAUGGUCUUUUCUAAGUUGAAGGAGCAAAGGUUUCCCGGUGAGAUUGAGUUGAGAGAUCUAAUUGGAAGGAAACUUUCCGGGUUGAGAUUUGUUGACAAUUCGGGAGGAGUUUGGUCAUAGGUAUGUGAUUUCUUGUGAUCAUUGCCAUCAAAUUAGCAACUGUUGAAGUCUUGUAGUCUAGAUAAAUCUAAUCCAAGUUCAUAAAAGCCAAGGGAGGAGGAGCUCGUCUUUAAGAGAUUUUCAAUUUGAAUAUGCCUCUUAGUUAUAUACCAAACGUUACUCCCUACUACCUUUUUCUUACGAAAUUGAAACCCUUAAAAUUUCAACUUCAUCCCACUGAAAAGGAAAUUUCUAAUUCUUCUGUUGGUUUCAUUUCCCAGUAAAUCUUUGAUAUCAUUUUGAAUGCAUUUGUCCAAAAUAUAUAAAGAAACAGUCUAUUACCAUGGUAGGGUAGGUUUUAUGUUGGUUGUAAGAAGCAAAUACAGUAAAUGAUCAAGAAGAUGUUUGAGAAA